UUGACAACUUCCGACAUUCUCGGGAAAGUACAUUGUAGUGUACUUAAAUUCAAUCAUGACAUCGUAUAGUUUCACUUUGGUUUAUUAGAUAUUUCUUCUUAAGGUGGUUACCAGAAAAAGAUCAGCCAUGUUUUGGGAACGCAUACACUGAUACAGACAGUUAGAAAUUAUGUAAUUUCUCGCUAACAAGAACAACCAUGGAUCCUCAUUCUAGUGCCCAGGAUGUGCACCGAUGUGACCUUUGUGAGACCAUAGUACAGAGCUACUGUGACGUUUGUCAUGUCAACCUUUGCACGUCAUGUAUCGGCAAACACAUCUCAGAUGAAUAUGACAAACAUAAAAUAGUUCCUUUCCAGAAACGAAGAUCAACCCUUAUUUAUCCGAAAUGUGAAACACAUUCACGCAAAAAUUGUAAAUUCCAGUGCAAGGAUUGCAACAAUAUGUUUGUUUGUUCUUCCUGCAUGGCAUCUAAACAGCACAAGGGACAUAACUUCGUAGAAGUUACAGAAGUUUUCAAAGCUAAGAAAGAUGAUAUUAAAAAAGAUACAAAAGAAUUAGAAAAUCAUAUUUCCCCUACAUAUGAAGAAAUUGCAUUCGACUUAGAAAAUCAGCUUGCCAACCUGGAUGGGGGAUAUGAUAAACUUACAACAACAAUGUCCAAACAAGGAGAGCAAUGGCACAGAGAAAUUGACAUCAUUGUCAACAAAAUGAAAACUGAAAUCAGCGAGAUAAAAGUCAAACACAAAGAACUUUUACAGAAACAUUUGAAUGAUAUCAAACAGAUACAGUCUCUCAUAAAGGAAACACUGCACAACUUAAGGAAAAUUGAGGAGUCCACAGAAGUAUCUCCUAUCAUUGAAUACAGCUCUAAGAUCAGAGAGUUUAGCAAGCUUCCACCCAAGGUUCAGGUAUCGCUGCCAACAUUCAUUCCAAAAGCAAUAGACCGUGAGAAGCUGUAUAGUUGGUUUGGAGAGAUCACCCCAUUAUCUACUGCUACAGAAGAAAUUAUAUUUUCACAAAAUCCACCCUACACAUCAGAUAGAGAACUACUAGAUGAACCGGAGCUUGUUGCCACAAUACAGACUGGGUAUGAAAAACUACGUUGUGUAACCUGUGUAAAUGAAAACAGAAUAUGGUUGAGUGGAGUUACCAAAGAUAUCAUAUGCUUAAAUAUCAAAGGUUUAACACUUCACACAAUCCUUACAAAAUCAGAUUCUUGGCCCGAUGAUGUAGCUGUAGACAGUGAUGGGAACCUUCUGUACCCAGAUAGUUUAACAAGAACAGUGUAUAAAGUAAAGAGUGGCCAGACAGAAGAGUUAAUCAGAUUACAGGGAUGGAAGCCAAUUGGCCUAUGUGUAACCUCUACUGGUGAUCUCCUGGUUACCAUGUACAGUGAUGAUAAAACUCAAUCCAAAGUUGUCCGUUACUCGGGAUAUACAGAGAAACAAACAAUUCAAUUUGAUGAUGAAGGUAAAUCUUUGUACUCAGAGAAUUGUUUAAUAAAAUACAUCUCUGAGAACAGAAACCAUGACAUCUGUGUAGCUGACUGUGAGGCUGGUGCAGUAGUGGUGGUAAAUCAGGACGGGAAACUCAGAUGGAGAUACUCCGGUCAUCCAUCAGUUACCAAGAACAAACCAUUUAGACCUUGGGGUAUCACAACGGACAGUCAGAGUCGUAUCCUGACAGCAGAUAAAGACAACCAUUGUAUUCACAUUCUGGAUCAGGAUGGACAGUUUCCUCGUUACAUUGAUAACUGUGAUCUGGAGGAUCCAUUUGGGUUAUGUGUGGACAAUAAUGACAAUUUAUUUGUGUGUGAGCUUUACAAAAGAAAUGUAAAGAAAUUCAAAUAUUCAAAGUAGACAUCAUCAAAUUUAAAAAUGUGAUUUUCAUCAAACAAAAGUGGCCAUUUCCUGUAUAUAUUGAAUUUCAUUCUUUAAACUUUACCUUCCUAAUAUUGAUGAAGUGAUAAAUUCUUUUUGUUUAUAACAUUAAUAGGC